GAGUGCUCGCCGGGACACAGCCAGGCAAGGGACUCCCUGGCAUCUGUCUCCUCCCAGCCCCGGGCUCGCUCUCUGCAUUCUCGCUCUGCCGUUGGUUUCUACCUGGGUGGUUUGCAAUGGCUGAGGAUAAAACUUUCCGCUACGGACUCAUAGUGCUGGGCUUCUUCCUGGUGAUGAUUGGGAUGUUCAUCAUGAGCGUGGACAAGCCCCAGGUCUACAUCACCUUUUGCACCCUGGGGGUUUUAACCAUAGCAGUGGGGAUCACCUGGAGCAUGUGUCAGUGCUACCCCAAGAUAACGUUUGUCCCCAUGGAGACGGAGUCCGAGAAGUUCCUGUCACGCAAGCCUGCUGUUUCGAUAGAAAAUGAAAUUCCGGAGAAGAGCUGCUCCCAGACUCCCUACACCAGCCAGGAAGAAGCUAAUGUCUAUGAGAAAAGCCUGCCAUCUUAUGAACAGAUCCAGAGGAAAGCAAAGGGCUCUAUGGAGUGUCUGGGGAUUCAAAUGACCCCGCUCCUAGGUGACUGUGAGCUCAAGACAAGAGGAUGUCCCCAUCCCUUUGUACAGGCCAAGGCUGAGGUCCACAGGAUCUCAGAGAACAAUGGAGAAACCUACAGAGAUCCAGCAACCCACGUGGUCACAGCAACCAUCAGCAGCCCAUCAGAGAGGUCCCACAGUGCAGCGCCGCUGGCUUCCUUCCCGGAGGACACUGACCUUCCCUCUUCUGAGGGAUCCACCUCCAGCAGCCCGUUUCUGGGGGGAUCCACCAACUCACUGAGGAAUCCGCUCCCAUCACAGGGGCACAUCCAGAAGCCCAGGUCUGAGCUUCCUCGCUAUGAAGAUUUUGCCCUGAUUGAUUCACCGCUGGCAGAAGGGUGGCGUCCAAGCCAGGAGCAAACACCAGCCCUACCCCAGAACUACUUGUCUGGGGCUGCCUCGGCAAGACAGUUUGCAUUGGUCUCAGGUCCUGGCUCAAAGGCAGCAGAGUCAGGAGGGAGACAGAGUGUGGAAGAGGAUGACAUGUAUUAUGGGUUAAAAGAGGGGCCAGAGAAUUUACUGAUAGUGGAUGAUUUUGUCUUUGAGCCAGACACCUAACCCUGGAGAGGGGAAAGUGACCGUCAGAGACAGGCCCAGGUUGCAGAGCUCAAGUGCUUCUCAGUAUCCCCAAUGCCUCGCAGAUCAGCCCUGCUCAGACGGGGGGUUGGGGGCAACUUGCUGGGAGGCCACAGCCAGCUGCAGGGUUUGUGGCUGUUCGGUCGGGUCCUGGCUCCUGGGAAUGCGCUGGUUUGUAGGGGGAAGAUAGGAUGUUUGGAACAUUAAAAC